CCUCGCAACACAAAAUGGCCUCUCACUACCACGAUCACCACUGCCAAAACCAAGUAUCCAUCCCCCCCUCGCAACACAAAAUGGCCUCUCACUACCACGAUCACCACUGCCAAAACCAAGUAUCCAUCCCCGCCGCCGCCACUCACUGCUGUUAGAGCCACUGUUUCAGCCAACCUCUCCACCCGCCACCAUCACCAGCACCACAAGUAUCAAUCGAUCCACUUCUUCAAUCCCCUGUUUCUCUCCUCCAACAGCAGCAGCAACACCACCAACCCCGUCUCUUCUCUCCUUGUCUUAACAAGAGAAACAACCCCCAAAAAAAUAAUCACCAAAGAACAAACUUUCUCCCUCAAAAGCUAUAUUUCCAUGAAGAAGAUGACCCCCAUCAAACCCAUUUUGUUCUCUCUCCUCUUCUUCAACGAAUCAACACUCUCGAGUCCUCCCUUCACCAUAUUUCUACUUCUAGUAAUAAUAUUAGUCAUUACUAUCCUUCACGUACUCUCAGAGACACAGCUGCACGUGUUAUUCGAACCCAUUUUCGUGCCUUUCUUGUUCACCGAUCAACCCUAAGCCAGCUCAAGGAGCUUGCUUUUAUCAAAUCCAGUUUUAACUCGCUGAAGUCUUCUAUUUCUUGUAAAUCUCUUUUUGAUUUUGAGGUUGUUUAUCGUAAAGCCAUGGACUUGCUGCUCAAACUUGACUCCAUUCAGGGUUUGUUGGGUGGUGAUCCUAUGAUCAGAGAUGGAAGAAGGUCAGUUACUAGAGAUUUGGUAAGGUUUUUGGAGUUCAUUGAUGGGUUUGCAGUUAAAAGGCAUGAACGUUCAUGUAAUUCUGCUAGGAAUGUGAGGGUCUUAGGGAAGAGUAACAACGCUAGGAUCUUGAAUGCCAAGAAUGAUUAUGGUGGUUAUGGAAAUUUGAUUGAGAAUCCUAGAAGGAAUAUGAGAAAUGGUGGUGACUUUGAAAGUAAUGGGUAUUGCCUCGAAUCAAAAUGGGAGUUUAGUUUUCUCUGCUCCAGUGCCUGUAAAGAUGGAAUCAAGAGCUGAUUUGAUGAAGAAGAGAAAGGCUGUGAAAAUUGUCACAUAGAGGGCCAUUAAUCGGGCUUAGAUUCUGAAGUCCCGCACAAUUUUGUGGCUUGGCUGGGGCAUCAGAUUCCUAUUGUAAUCUAAUAUCAUUUGUUGGUGUAGGAUUGACGAAAUGCGUUUCGCUAGUGUAGUGGUGGGAUUUGUGUGUAAUCUGCUACUUUCUCCCAGAAAUUUUAGAUGUUGAGUGAAUAAUAAAUCCCACAACUGAGAAUGUCUUAACUCUAUAUAUUUUACCGAUUCACCACUCAUUUUUCCAAAAGUGCAUUUGCUGCUGGUAGAAAAUGUAUUCUUCCAUUCCUGUGCAUUUUAACCCUUCAUCUGAAUUACUCUGUCAAAAUACCUCUCUUCAUGCUAGAAGUUUCUUCAGCAGGAGAUGUUCCAGCCACGCAGAAGCACUCUCUGCACAUUUUAGUGUGACAUAAUGCAAUACUAAGGACAACAGAAAAGAGAAUGAGACUCUGUUGCUAAUGCCAUGGU